AUGGGUGGUGCUUAUCUGGAACAUGAAUUUACCCCAGAGUUGCUUACCAGAGUUGUAGCACAGAUUGAUGAAGCCAGAAAGAGAAACCCAAACUGUACCUACCUGGCGGCUCUCUAUUUAGUCAAGUUAGCAGAGAAAAAUCAUUUUGAGACAGAGGAGAGUAAGAGGCAAGCUAAAGUACUGGUAGACAACAUGGACCGAAAUUUAGAUAACCUUGGCCAUCUCCUGCGGUUCUAUCGGCUGCAUGUGUCUUUAGAUUCAGCUAUUGCUGUAGCAGAGAAAGCUCUAACACUGUCCCCAGAGUCAUGUGAUGUUAAGAAGAAGCUAGCAAUUUGUUACAAAUGGAAAAUAUUUUAUUUCAAGGGAAACAUCCCAAGUGACAACCCUAUGAUUAGAGACGCAAUUAACCUUUACGAGAAGGUGACUGGGUUUUACCCUGACUACCUACAAGGAAAAAUGGACCUUGCAACACUUUACGGUAUUUCAGAUCAAAAAGAUAAAGCAGAUGAAAUAUACACUACGCUCCUGGAAGGCGAAGCUGAAAUGAAGAAAGCUGAUUUGCAACGUUUGUACUAUAGCUAUAGCAAUUAUCUUCACUGGCGCAAAGCUGUGGUCGGGGCCACCUUUGUGGAGUCCAAGAUAAGUCCAAGACCAGGACUCAUCAAGACCAAGUCCAAAGAGGUUCGAGUCCAAGUCAAGACCGAGUACAAAUGA